CGAAAGAGCCUCAAUCUCCUCAGCGCACGCCUUGCAAGCUGCCGAUUGGAGCUAGCACCCCGACACCAGCACAAAUAUUCGCGUCAUAUAAAGCAUGGCGGCAAUGUUUCCCAGCUCCUCGACCUCGAAUACCCUAUAUAACAGUGAUGCGGUGGAACGGGACCUCAUCGACCCAGACGACGCCACUCUAGAUGACCUGGAUGACCCACUCCAAUCCACGUCGGAUCGUGCCCCGCUCACAGGAAAUAUCCACUCGCGGCCCGGCGGCGCAAACACCCAGUCAUACCUGACCUCGUCCAUCCCCGGCGAAGAUCGGCGCGCCCCGACUAACACCAUCGAUGAGACCGUAUGGGAGACGCUGUCCAGAGACCUGCUGGCCAUCUGGGAGAAGAUGAAGCAGGUGCUCUAUCCCAAGUACUUGCUCGGUGGCAUGAUGCCGCGCGGUGGCGGAAUCGGCGCUGCAGAACGGGGCGAGGCUGACGGGUUUGGCGGUGGGGUCAGAGGCCUGGCUGGGAGAUGGCCCGAUGCAGACGUCAUUUUACAAGGAGGGAUGAGCGAGGGGCUGCGGGAUUGGGAUCUAUGGGGUCCUCUCGUCUUCUGCCUCCUCCUGAGUCUGUUCCUGUCCAAAGGCGCACAAGGUUCCCAAAAGGAACUGGUCUUCUCGGGCAUUUUUGCCAUGGUAUGGAUAGGAGAAGCGGUGGUGACGUUGCAGAUAAAGUUGCUUGGAGGAAAUAUCUCCUUCUUCCAAUCCGUCUCUAUCAUCGGCUACACGCUGUUCCCUCUCGUUAUCGCGUCCGUGUUGAGCGCCAUCGGCCUACACCCGAUUCCCCGGAUACCCAUAUAUCUCGUCCUUGUAGCGUGGUCAAUAGCAGCUGGGGUCAGCAUUAUGGGCGGGUCUGGAGUGGUCAGGAAUCGCGUUGGAAUUGCAGUAUACCCUCUUUUUGUAUUUUAUAUUGCGCUUGGAUGCAUCUGCUUCAUCAGCUAGCGCUGUUAUUUCCUGGGUCUGUAACAGUAUCGCGCUGUGUUGAGAAUGAAGGGUUGCAAUCCUACCAGCAUUUCUUGUCGCCCUCUUGGUCGGCCUAAGGAGCG